CUGUCCCCGCCCGCCUCCUAAAGAGGAAGGAGGCCCCGAUGGAGAGCUGGUCUCCGCGGCGGCGGGCCCGGCGGGGCCCCCUCCCGGCCCCCGGGCUGCUGGGCUUGAUCCUGCUCCCCUGGACCCUGCCGCUGGCAGGCGCAGAAGAGCGGUCCGUGACCCACACCGGCCUCCCCAUUCUGGUCUCUCUGGCCAACAAGGCCGUCUCCUUCCACUGCAGCAUCACCUACCCCUACACCCCCGAGUUCAAGAACUUCACAGUCAGAUACUUCCACGUGGACCUCCAGGGCCGGACCAGCUCUGAGGAGAAGAUCAGCUGCCAACCUGGCACGGGCAGUGAGAACCAGACCCACACCACUGUCUGUCCCAUCACCCUCAAGCCGCCUAACGCGUCUGCCACCGGUACCUACUACUGCUCCGUGCUCUGGCCGGACUCCAAGAUGAUGGGCGAGGGCACCUUCAUCCUGGUCAGAGACACAGGAUACCAGGAGCCCCCCCGGGGCCCCCGGAAGCUCCUGCUCUCCUGCUUCGUCGGCAUCCUGGCCGUCCUGAGCAUCCUGGCCACGGCCCUGCUUCUCUGGAAGAAGCCGGGGCCCCUGUCUCCCUGCAGCACCCGCCUCCCCAGAACCAGGCCCUGUGUGGAGGGCAGGGUGCCUCGAUGGAAUCGUUAUCGUUUCCGGUAUCCCCGAGCAGGGACAGAUGCAGGCUCUGUGGAAGCAUGUUGCCAAGAAGUGCCCGGGCCCCACUGCCACCAGCAGCCCAAGGCAGCCUCCAUCGGAAUCCGUCUACACGGAUCUACAGCACCGCGAGUCCGAGGUCUACGACUGCAUCCAGAAUGAAGCCGGCAGCCCGCCCGCCUCCCAGGGCCUGCUCUCCCAGGAGAAACAGCGAAAAUUUGAGGGUGACGGUGAAUUUAACCUGGUCUAUGAAAAUCUCUAGGAUGAGCUCUGCCUGCCCGUGGGUCUUGCCCUGGAUCAGAGGCCCUGGGGCAGCCUCUCCCUCCCAAGAACUUGAUCUAUCCGGAAGUGAGGCUCCAGGGCUUCCCAUCACCUCGCCCCCACAUUUAAGAGGCUGUCCCCCACCCUGUUUCACAGCCCAGUCACACCCCUCAAGCAUGCCAUGUCUCCUGGCUUUAGUCCAAGCUGUUCCCUCUGCAGGUGGGCACUCCCUCCGUCUCCAAGGGCUCUCUUGGACACCUCCCAUCCCUGGGGCCCUCCUCACCCUGUAGGGAUGCACGGGCUCUCUUGUACCAGCCUGAACCGCCAGGAGGUUCCAAAGGGGACACUUGUCAAUACUGUGUGCACACACGUUGCCAAGUAGAUGAAUAAAAGAGCAACUAUACAAA